CUUUGAUUGGCGAACUAAUAAAAGAUGCGGAUGCCCCGAUUCUUUGCGGGGAAGCCCGACAAAAGGUAUAAGUAGGGAACUUUGUAGCAUACACGCCGUGUACGAUGCUGUGAUCGUUCUUUUCAUUUCCUAUUGAUAUGGUGAAGUGUUGAGCUCCAUGUAAUGUGAGAGCAAACACAUUCCAUUGCAUAGGAAUUGGAUUUUAAAGCGCUCGAAAGAGGAAAUUAGAUAGAUGAGAGUGUGCUUGUGGCCGUAACGGCUAUUAAGGGUGCGCAGGGCCUGCAUGAGCGAGGGUUUUGGAAGUACCAGACCGAAGAGUGUUUCGUGUACGGUAGACAUCGGAAGGAUUCUCUGUUCAAUGGUUUUAGUUAGGGGUCGAGAACCAAGCAAGGAUUCGCACAAGAGUGGGACAUGAAACGCGAAAGCGUUGUGCUCUCGGAUGCGGCGAUGUAAACGUUAUAUACUUGGAUGAAUGGCUGUAAUCUUUUCCCGGCAGUCUGGUAGCACAUUUCUUCGAUCUGCUGACUGUAAUGGCCACGAGGUUCUCUCUUCCUGCAGUAUUGUCGUGCUGGGCGUUGCAAGUCAAAAUGAUUGUCCACGUUUGCAGCAAACGUGCUGGGAAAUUGUGAAAGCUGCUGUCGCCAUUGAAUAAGCCUUAGAGUGGGUGGAGCGUUGCGUUUCUUGGUGAACCCUCUACAUCGAAGUGUUUGUGGAAAUGGUUCCUUGACAUUUUGGAAACGAAGCGUCAAAUUAUGUUCGUUGACCGGGGAAAGUGCAGGACGGUUUCCGAAAGGGUAAAACGUACUUGUCUCAGGGUUUUGUCCGUUAAGUCACUUUUAGUCGACGCUCGUAAACUGGGCUGUUCGCUGUUUGGGCACACCCUUCAAGUCUCAUUGCGCUGGCAGGGGAGAUUUAAAUUUUUUAAUUGGGUUUCAAUACACUUCGUCUUUGUCAUUGAGCAGCAUACUUCUUCAUUGCAUGCUCAUAAACGGAAGUUGAAUUGUUUGUCUUAUGUUAGUAAUGGCUUCAUGCCGGUGAGGAUGUUAAUGCUCGCUGUGUAUUUGAGAAGUUGUUGUUGACUAUAAACGCUUCCAACGUGUAAUUAAAAUGAAACCGCAGAACGUAAGGUGUCGUCCCCAGAUAACAAUAACAGUUGAUGUGGCAGUCAGACACGCAAUCAAAUUGUUCAGUUCGUCAGGAACGAUUUCGGUUUUUCAGAUAGAUACUGAAUAAGGACAACAACAUACUAUGGUGAUCAAUUCAUUGAAGUAACUUGACAGCGAGGUUCUGAAAAUACUACUGUAAUGCCUAUGUAGUGUGUAAUGGUAAUGGCCUUGGCAGACUUCUUCAGUCUUGUAGAUGCGAGAAAGUUAACUUUUUUUAGUGGCUUCAGCGCGUACCCACGACGACACUGACUUUUACUAGUGUAACAUCAAACGUCGUAGAACUUGGGCGUUUAUACAAGGCAAACAACUUUGACACACCAGUAUCAUUCCGACCCGACCGCUACGAAGGCGCCCGGGUCGGACACUUGCUGCUCUCUCUUCUAGAACAUACUAGCGGCUUACCGCACUGACCUUCAGCCCGCUCCGCCGCACUCCAUCUCGCUACACCUCGCUACUUCCUCUUCCUCCCACACGCUCCCUCCAAAUUUCCACACACAACAUGGCGAUCAUUUCUGUAA